GUGUUUGUCUGGUUGCCUUGUUUUUCACGCGCCACCACAGUCACAGUUUUCGUCACCAGACCUGCUCUUUGUUUCAGAUCUCAUAUCGACAAUCAAGGCCAGAAUUGCUUCCACAAGAGUCUUUUUGUCCCUUUCCACAUCUCAAGUCACAUCCUUACUUAGGAUCCAAAACACCCACUAGUUGGAUUUAACUGGGUAUCCCAACUCACGCCAUGACAAGAGGUGGAAGGUAUGGGAGACGCCAAACCGGCCAGGGUGUGGCAUACUCAAUGCAACCUCUCCUACACGGUUACGGGACCCCAUAUCCGGUAUUUCCGAGACCUAUUGCUUCGGUGUCACCUGGUUUGAUGUCUUCUCCACAUGGCUUUGUACCCCUGCCGCAUGAUGGGUUUCCUCCCAGCUCGUUCUUGCGUCAGCAGCCGUCGGGCCCUCCUCCUCUUCUCUGGAGUCCUGGACCCAUCCCUGAAAACUAUGACCAGUAUGAAGAUCCUGGGAUGAGGAGGAACGGAAACCAGCUCCCCAAUACACUUCCCCCGAGACAGCCUCCUCUACCUUCCCAACCAACCCAGGGCUACCCAAGCCAACAUGCUCGACCUGUCCAUCCCAUUCCACAAAUCCUGCCUGGUCAGCCGUUUCCCCCGUCCCAGUCCGUUCAACCGCUACCACAAUAUCAGCCAUUUCACCCUAUCCUACCAAGUCAUUCUACCCGAUCAAGUCAAAACAACCAGCCGUUCCAGCCCCCUCCCCAUCUUCGGCAUGCCCCAUCCAUUUCAUUUUAUCCAUAUCAACCUGUUGCUGCAUCUGCUGUGCCCUGCGUCGCUCCGGUAUCAUACUACACAGCAUAUCCGGUAAGUAAGGUUUCUCGCACGUCCACACAGUACUCACACUGAUGAAAUGACAUAUGGUAGGCAUAUCCAUAUCAGCAACCCCCAUACCAGCAAUACCCAUGUCUUGCGAAUGGUACGGGGGAAGGUCAUAUACCGGAGACAGCAACCAAUCACACGGGAACUCAAUUCAGGGACCCUCAACUUCGCGGUGAC